UUUGUCAUUUAUGACACGAUUCGAAUCAAUUCGAAUCUGAAGUCAGUGAAAAAGUAGUGUUUAUUACCUUUAAUUUUUAAUGGUGUGUCCUCUUUUACCGUCAAAAUAAAUGACAUUAUUUACGCAUAAAGUUGUUUAAAGAUUCAAACAAUGCGUAACAUUUAAUACUAUAAAAAGAAUAAUCCUUGCAAUACAUCGUAUAACUAUGUGUUAUUACUUUGUUAGAAGAGUUGAUAGGUCUAUUACUUAUGGAAAUUAGCAUUAUUUUAAGCUAAUUAAAAAGCAUGAGGAGAAGAUAUGGCUGAACACAGCAAUGAUUAUAUUUAUGAACGGCAGCUCUUUGCUGUGUUUGAGAGCUGUUUGACAAAAGGGCAGGAUGAACUAGACGAAAACGAUUUAUUUUCCAUCUGCAAUAAAUUACAUCUCCAUGGAUUAAUUGAGGAAUUGAAAUCAUGUAUUCGCAAACAUUGUCCGGAUAAGCAAACUAUAUCUUUUCAAGAAUUUCGGGACGGUUUAUUACUUUUGUUGAAAAAGUUCCAAGGAUUGACCACUGAUAAACAGCAUAUUGUACAGCCGUGCUAUAACUCAGGUACAUGCGAUGCUGAAAAGAGCGAAAUCUCGACCAGUGAACAGAAUAUCUCAGAGAUUCACCUUCAAAAUAUGAAAACCAAUGUAACAAUGGAUGAGAAUAGAUUGACACACAUGUGCGAAAAAGUAAAGGUUUAUUUAAGAAGUAACAUGGAUCCUGCAGCGAUACAAUUUAUGUCCAAUUGUUUAGGAAUUCCAGAACUUCCAAAGCAAAUAACAGAAUCCAUUUUUGAAAGACUUGAUCAAAAUUGCGACGGGUUGAUAAACUUUGACGAGUUCGUAAUUAUAUUUCAAAAUAGAAAAAAUAUAGAGGCUUUGCAAUUGAAUAAUGAAACUGACACCAAUAUUGUAAAUUGUGAUGUUAAUACUUUAGAUUUUACUCUAUGCAAGUCUCGUAGAAUGAGCUCGGUACAGCUUAAUAGAACUUUAGAUAAGGAGGAAGUUGCUGGUGUAUCCAAUAUAACUGUACUAUCAUCUAACAGAGAUCUCAGUGCUAUGAAUACUAGCCUUGCCGAAAUAACAAGUGUCAUAUGCAAUGAACUCAAGAAUUUGAAUGAAUCGUUUGAUAAUCAUAUCAUUCAGGCUCAUAUUACCUUACUGCAAGAAAUGGUUGUUGCUCAUCAGGACGAGCAACGCAAUCUAAAUGUUACAAUAGAGAACAUAAAAGUGGAAAGAGAGAAGAUGCGUAUUGAUAUGUUGGAAGCUAACGAACGAGCGAAUUUAUUAGUGCAGGAAAUUGAUGAAUGUCAAGUUCAAUUGGAACAAACGAAAAGAAAUCUACAGAGGCAGAGUGAACAACGUUAUGCUGAAAUUACAAAAGAAUUAUCGGAUCAGUUUAAUAUCGAACGAGAGAUUAAUGCUGCAGCACUAAAAUCAAAAGAUGAUCAGUUACAGGCAUUACAGAAAGAGAAUCACGACAUGAAGAAUAAAAUUGUAAAUAUGUUACAGGAGAAUCAAAUGCUUGAAGCGGAAAAUAAAUCUCUUCUCAAUCAAAUUGAAAAGCUGCGCCAAUCUAAUAAUGAUUUGUUAACUCAGAUAAAGGUAUUAGACGCGGAACAGGACGAAAUACAUAGUAUAGAAGCAAAGCAACAAGAGCAAGUGAAUUUCUUCGUCGAUCGUAUCAAGCAGUUGCAGUCAGAAAUAAUUCUCUUGCGUGAUCAAAAUGAUGAACUCAGCACGGAAUUGGAAAAUUCAAAAUGUUACGGUGAAGAUAUAAAAUAUGAAACAUCUGUCGAGCCACUCGAAUCUUUUGUUUUGUUACGCGAUCGGAAUGAAAAUCAUGCAUCGAUGCAAGAGUUUGAAAUGGAUCAACAGAUCGAUGCGAAAGUGUCGUUUGAUUUCCCAUCACCGAUGGAGACGGAACAACAGAUCGAUGUCUCAAAUUCUAAUGCAACAGAACACAAAAGACUUGAAGAUACAAUUAUAAAAGAUCUGGAAAAUGUAUUAUCGACAAAUACAAAAUGCGUUUCAGAGACAUGUACUUUGCGAGACAGUAUAUCAAGAUUAAUUGCUAAUCUGCAAUCAAAUUUUAUACUUCGUUCCUCUUCCACGCGAGAUUUCGGAAAGAGUAUAGCUUCUGAACUUGAAAUGGAAUGCGAGGAACGAACUAACGAAUCCUUGCGUGAUUUAGUCGUUUCGAAAACACCAAAGUCUAAUACUAAUGCGAAACGUAUAACGGCGUCGAGUAGCAUGGAAGAUUUUACUAGUCAAGAUGUGAAAAACAUAACGCAAACUAAGAUGACGAGUCUUAGAGAUUAUCCACCGCGAAAAGAAGAACAUUCCGUAGAUCAGUGUAAAAAUAAUAAGGAAAAAAUUAAUUCUUCCAGCAUUACCGAAGCCGAAAACAUUCCAAAAUCCGUGAUGACAAAAAUAGAAUUAUUCGAAAUUGAGAAGAAACAAUUAAUCGAACGUUGCCAAGAACUUGAACGAAGUUUAGACUUAUUAAAAGCAGAGUACGAAGAAUGUGAGGAUUAUUGGGCUGCUAAAUUGGAAGAGGAAAGACAACUCUUUGAGCAAGAACAAAAAAUGAGUGACGAUAAACUUGCCGAGCUUAUUAAUAAAAUAGUAGAAUAUGAGGAAUUAAUUAGUCCUUCGGAUAAAUCGAAAAAUAGCGACGGACGAUUGUCUCCUAUCGAAGAAAAGUUUACCUUGGAACAACAAUAUAUAGCUCUUGAAGAAGAAUUCGAGAAAUGGAGAAUAAAAACUGAAAACGACAUUUCGCAGAAGAAUUUAGAAAUUGGAGAUUUGCGUGAAAAAUUAAGAUUGGUAGAACAGCCAAUUACAAACGAUUCCUAUGUACAAGUGCCAGAUGAAAUUUUUUUGCCGACAAUGUCAGAUUCAUCGCAUUACAAAUCUUCCAGUACAUCUAGUAUUCCGUCUACGAACGAGCCAUUUAUGGAUCUAUGCGGCGCGAUUGACCAAACGCUUCAUACUUCUUCAAUGGAAUUUCUACUAUCCAAUGAUUCCAACAGACUUUUAAAACAAGAUCAUGUAGAUGGUCAUAAUCUGUGUAGUACCAAAUGUUGUGAAAUGAAAGAAAUAAAAAUUAUGAACAAACAUCAGAAGAUAGGAGAAAUAGAUCAAAAUAAUUCACAUAUUAACGCUAAGGCUAUGAUAGGCAUGAAAGAGGAAAAUAAGUGCGACUCGGAAUUAAAAUUUGCACAUGAUGUAAUAAAAGAAAUCAGCUGCCCGUAUACACAGAAUAAUGCACAGCAACAUGUAGGUUGUGUCAAUUUAAGCGUUUUGCAAGAUUUAAAAAUGAAACUUUACACACAAGAACAUAAGAAGCGAUAUUUGCAACGUUAUGUUAAACAGCAACGACAGUCUGUUGAGAAACUAUUGCAACAUAUUAUGGUGCAGCAUCAGUCAGAAGUGUGUGAAUUACAGUGCCUUCUUCGUAAUAGUCAAGAGAGGCUUCAAAUACAAGUUCAGACAACUAUUGAUCAGGCUGAUAAAUUAGCGAGUGCUGACAUAUUAGUGAAGGAUUUGUACAUAGAAAACGCAUAUCUAACGGCACAUAUGAAACGCUUGCAAGAACGAUGUCUCGCCUUAAGCGGCCUCAAUGUGGGAACGACUUCAAUGUGAUGUUUAAAUAGUUUUUACUAUUAUAAUAAAUUAAUGCGUUAUUGUAUUGAAUAAUUGUAUAUUUAUUUUUUUUAAUGCAAUUAUUAUAAUAUAUAUAACAAUGUCUAAGAGAUGUCGAUGAAUGGUGUUGCAGUGGAACUCAGGGAUGCAUAUGUAUGGUUGAGAAAUGUACAUUUAACACACUCUUACACAUACACAAGUGCCUUCUCAAUCUUUAAUUUAAUACAAUUAAAGUAAGAGAUUUCGCUUUAAUCGAUAUUAUAGAAUUAGCAGUAAAUAUAUCUAGGAAUGAUUGUUCUUUAAAUAUCAUUGAGUAAGGCACAGAGAGAACAAUGAUGCAAUGAUAUGUAUUACCAGAGUUAUUCUAUAAUUUUUCAUUAAAUGAGAGAAUAAUGUUUUUCUGUAUAUAAAUAUGUCGAUUCAUAAAACAAUGAUGUAGGUAUAAACAAAUUUCAAAUACAUUAAAUAUUUAAAGUGUAUAUACAUA